UUGGUCUUUUGGAUGUGUUGUGCUUUGGCCUCUUCUUUCUUUCUCUCAUUUUGGCUUGCUUUCUACUAGGGAACACUUCUCUUUCCCUCUCUCAGAUUUCAGCUCUUGUAAUCACAAAAAUAUUCCCUUUUAGUCUCUUCAUUGAUCCAUUGUCUUUCCUUUUAGAAAAAAAAGAGAGACUAGACAACAGCGUCCCUUUGUGUGUGAGAGACAAGGAAACAAAAAACAGAUUAUUGCAAGUGUGAUAAGGAUCUGGGUUCUUGCAGACCAUGGCAUUAGAAACAGUGGUUUACCCUCCAGAUCCAUUUACCUAUGGUUUCAAGGAUCAGUUUCCCGGAGGAGGGGCUUGGGAUUAUGAUUUUUGCUUCCAAGAAGAAGAUGGAGCUCUUACUGCGAUUCUUGAAAGCAAUUUAGAACAACAAGAGAAUCAUCAUCAUCUCCAAGCAAAUUGGGACUCCUCGUCUACUUCAGUCAUGCAACAACAUGUAAAUGAACUAUGGGAUCCUUACUCUUCUUCAUCCGAAGCUUGCACUGCCGAUCAGCCUCUCCCCGCCCUUGAAGCUGAUGGUUUCCAAGCUCCGACGACGGAACCUCAACCAGCUUACAGUGCAACAACAACGGCGACCAAUGGUACUAGACGAAAACGUCGUCGCACCAGGAGCAGCAAGAACAAAGACGAGCUGGAGAACCAGAGAAUGACUCAUAUCGCUGUUGAACGCAAUCGCCGGAAACAAAUGAAUGAGUACCUGGCUGCAAUUAGAGCUUUGAUGCCACCUUCUUAUGUUCAAAGGGGUGAUCAAGCUUCCAUAAUUGGCGGGGCGAUUAAUUUCGUGAAGGAAUUAGAGCAGCUCUUGCAGACCAUGGAGGCUCAUAAGAGGACCACUCAAGAGCCAGAACACAACGGCAACCUUUCACCCUUCGCCGAGUUUUUCACCUUUCCACAAUUCUCAACUCGUUCAAAUUCACAGUGCAACAAUUCACCGUCGUCCAUGGCCGCCGCCGCUUCUGUCGAAAGCGUGGCGGAUAUCGAAGUGACCAUGGUGGAGACACAUGCCAACCUCAAGAUACUCUCGAAGAAACGACCCAGACAACUCCUGAAACUGGUUGCCGGGUUGCAAAGCCUAAGCCUCACCAUCCUCCACCUCAAUGUCUCGACCGUCGAUGAAACGGCCUUGUAUUCAAUUAGCGUCAAGGUUGAGGAAGGGUGCCAUCUGAACACUGUGGAUGAAAUUGCCGCUGCAGUUAAUCAAAUGCUGCGAAGAAUCCAAGAAGAAGCGGCUUUUAGAUGAGAGAA